AUGCGUGGCAAUACCACCCCCCUUCUAGGGGUUCUGGCUGCAGCAGCAUAUGCAUACCCCAAUGCAAAUACCCAUGCCGAUACUCAAAGCUGCUCGGUUUGUGUGACGACCUACCUGGUGCUUGUACCUUGCUCGACGAUGAUAUCGUCGACAGGGCUGAAGUCGUUGGCAACCGCGUUGUCGUCCAGCAGCAGCAGAUGCGACGAUUAUACCACCGUCACUUCUCCCUACACUGGCACUGGCAGUAUUACAGCGGUUAUCACGUCUACGAUCUCGCCUAGUGGUACGAAUAAGGGUACAAAGAUCGUUAUCACUCCUGUUGUCAGGACAUCUACCCUGCCAGGCACUUCAACCUCUAGCUCUUCAACUUCAAGCACACGAGUCUCUCACACUUCAACUACAAGCGCAGACAACUAUGUCACAAUCACCGCGCCUUACACUGGCACAGGCAGUAUUUCUGCACCCACCACGUCUACUAUCCCACCAAGUGGUACCAAUCCGGGCACGAAAGUGGUCAUUACACCAGUCAGCACAACAUCGUCCAAGCUAAAGACUUCCACGUCCCGUACUUCGAUUUCGAGCACAGUAACUCGGGAUACUUCAACGUUUGUAGUAUCAGCCACCUCUACAACUCGAGACAACUAUGUUACUGUCACGGCUCCCUACACUGGCACUGACAGUAUCACGGCACCUAUUACAUCAACUAUCUCGCCCAGUGGUACCAAUCCUGGCACCAAGAUUAUUAUCACACCCGUUACAAAGACAUUAUCAAGCUCAAAGAUAUCUUUGUCAAGCACUGGGCCAUUAGAAUCUACAACCGUGGCGUCGACUACUACAGCUAGCGAUACAUAUAUCACUAUCACUGCUCCUUACACUGGAACGGGUAGCAUUACAGCGCCCAUCACAUCAACGAUCCCCCCAUCCGGUACCAAUCCUGGUACCAAGGUUGUUAUUACGCCAGUUAAAACAGCCGCAUCUUCAUCAAGCAUGUCUUUGUCUAGUACUUCACCACAGAGUAGUUCGGUCUCAGCCAGUUCCAAAGUGAGCUCGACACCCACAAACGCCUCGUCGUCAAGCAAAUCAGUCUCAGUAUCGUCUGUUUCGGCGCUAGUUAGUACUACAACUAGCGAUACGUAUAUCACCAUCAUUACUCCUUACACUGGAACGGGUACUAUCACGGGACCCAUAACGUCGACAAUUCCCCCAACUGGUACCAACCCAGGCACCAAGGUUAUCAUCACACCAAUUAAGACGCCCACAUCUUCCUCAAGCGCAGUGUUGUCAAACACGUCCUCAAGCACAUCUUCGUCAAGUACACCAACAUUGAGUACGUUUACCUCAAGUUCGGUAGUGUCAACCUCUUCAGUGCCAGAUAUCUCAGCCUCGAGUAUGUCCAAAGCAAGCUCGACAGAGGCGAGCACGUCAGCCUCAAGCAGUUCAACCAGCAACUCAAGCCGCUCCGCUUCCAGUAUUUCAACUUCUCAGUCAAAGUCUUCGGCUUUGAAAACGUCCUAUUCGAGUACACCGAGCUCAGAGCCGUCUAGUUCGAGCUUGUCGACUUUUCAGUCCAGCACUUCAACUUUGAGCACUGCAACUUCGAGCACCACAACUUCAAGCAUAGUACAACCCAGCUCUUCAGAGACAAGCAAGUUAGGACAGAGUAGUAGCAGCACGUCGUCCACGCCAGUCACCAGUACUACCCCUGAUGCUAAGAUUACAACUACCACGUCAACUAGCUCUUCAUCCUCUGUGCCUGUUACGAGUUCGUCUUCGCCUUCUGCUGUAUCUUCCUCCUCGCCGCCCCCCACAUCAUCCACUUCCUAUACUUCGUCCACAAUGCCGUCUGGGCUUGUCACGACAAGCACCUCCACUUCUUCCUACUCCGUGUCCUCAUCUUCCUCAUCCGUGCCUGCCUCCAAAAUCUCUUCCACGUCUACGUCUUCUACAUCGUCCACUGUCUCCUCCUCCGCGGCUAUCACGACAAGCUCGUCCACCACCACUUCAUCCACCACCACUUCAUCCACCACCGCUUCGUCCACAACCACCUCAGCGUUGCCUACCCCCUCCUGCUCUGGUCUAGCCUGGUCUUACUACCAGCUAGACCACGGCAAUGACGUCGGGCAUAUGCCCUGGCACACUCGCCACGGCGAACCUAUUAUUAGCCGAAAGUGGACAUAUGACAUGCUCAACUUGACGAUGGCGCUGGCACUGCAGAAGCCCACAAAGGAGGGUAUAAGCAAGCGUGUAGGAUGGGGUGGCAACUGCGGCAACCCGGUGCUGCCCGAUGGAACUGGCGCGUUGCAGCGCGGCUUCUUCAUCAUGCAGCACUAUGGCUACUUCAAACCCAAGACAGCAGGCACCUAUACGUUCAGCGUACCCUAUGCUGAUGAUUCCGCCUUUGUGUGGCUCGGUGACAAGGCUGUGAAAGGCUGGGACCAGCGCAACGCCGACGUGGCCAGCUGGAUCGCACCUUCUGGACCGGGACGGGCGCCGUUCUCGCUCACCGUGACGACGCCCGGAGAGUUGAUCCCGUUCCGUAUUCUCAUGGCGGAGGCUAUGUGGUGCUCUAGCUACUCGGUGGUGGUUACGGACCCGAAAAACAAACCGAUCCUGGGUAUGACCGAUGCGCAGUAUGAUGACCAGUUUGUGUCGGACUGUGGCGGCGUUGAUUGGGGCUUACCAACGUCCAUUGAUGCCCCCGUCGUCCCUUCUGAUUUCCCCGCGUCGCCUGUCGACGCACCUCUUUCCGUCCAGCAGGGCUUCACAUGGCAGUACUUUGGCCUGGACGAAGGUAACGGCAACGGCAACGUGUCUGCCUAUUCCGUUGAAGACGCUAGCAAGUUUAUAAACAGCGGCGCGCAAGAGUGGGCAUCGAAGCGCACCAACGUCCGUCGUGCCCUGAGCCAUCGUAAGCCCUUACUGGAUGGGGUCUCCCAGCUUGUGCACCAGCCUGUGACGGCAGGCGAGCAGCUGCGACUAUUUGGUAAAACAUAUCCCCAGUAUAACCCCAGGUUCAUGGCGGUGCAGUACACCAGCUACUUCGUCCCUAACAUGGCCGGCGCUUAUGUCUUUUCCAUCAGCGCCGCCUACGACGCUGCCUAUCUCUGGAUGGGAGAUAAGGCAAAGGCUAGCGAUGGCUGGGGUAACGACAACGCGGAUCUAAUUGCUUGGCGAGGCGCUCCUGAGAAGAAGUUUACCGUGGAGGUGCAGCAGCAGCAGGUGGGAACUCCUGUGCCUAUGCGGUUGUUGCUGGUGCACUCGUGGUCAGGGCUGGCGCCUACGUACUCGCUAAGCCUUACAGUCAAGGAUCCGGGGGACAUCACCAUCCUGUCCAACACGAAACAGACGGGCAAACACUUUGUCACCAACUCUGAGCUGGCAAAGUAA